AUGCCCCAGGGAACAGACCUGAAGACCAAAGACCUCAAAACUAAAGCUAAAGAGGUGGCGAGAAGUCUCCGGGAAGAGCUGGGACCCAUCUCCUCCGCCCUGCUCCAGAGUGACUGGUUUGUGGAGGCAGCGGUGAGAAAUCUGAACAUCCAGCUCCAAGACCUCGGCGAGGACCGAGGCCGACGACCAGGACGCUUCUUCUCUCAAGUUUUUAAGAUGUUCAGGACCAGGAAGAGCAGAGUGUCGCCUGGUCCUCUGAGAGCAUACCUCAGAUCAGCGUGUUAA